UCAGCAAUCAUGUUUGCAAUCCUCCUUCUAGCACUAAUCUGCCACUUCCACGGAGCCUUUACCCUCCCUAAUCCGGCAGAGGUCAUACCUCGAGGUGUUUUCCCAGCGCCAUCCGAGAUCGAAGCUCGACAAGGUGGAUUCUAUUAUUCUUUCUGGUCCGAAGGAAGUGGUAGCUUCAGAUGCACCAACGGAGCAGCAGGCUCCUAUACUGCAACUUGGGGUGGUCAAGGUGGCGGAUUUGUGUGCGGAAAGGGAUGGAAUACAGGUGGAAACAGGUUUGCUUAUCCCUUUUCUACAAAUUCUCCUCCCUUUUGACAUAAUUCAGAGCAGUAAAAUACUCUGGUACCUAUACACCAACCGGGCCAGGUUACCUUGCUCUCUACGGCUGGACAACAAACCCUCUGAUCGAAUACUACAUCGUUGACUCUUAUGGGCUUCUCCUACCUGGUGAACCAUGGACUCCAAAGGGGAAUUUCAGUUUCGAAGAGGGCACGUAUCAGUUGUACCAGAGUACUAGGGUUAAUAAACCUAGUAUCGUUGGCACAGCAACCUUUCAACAGUACUGGAGUGUGAGAACGGAGAAGAGGGUUGGGGGUACGAUUACCACAGGGAAACAUUUUGAUGCUUGGAGCAAGGCAGGAAUGCGGUGUCAGUAGAUUCCCUCUCUUAUGUUUGAUGAAAGCCCUUGGUAGUAUUCGGGAAGAUUUUUGAGAUGUAUGCUAACUUCCUCCGGUAGUGGGUGGCCAUAAUUACAUGAUUAUAGCUACGGAGGGGUAUACGAAUGGCAAGAAUUAUAGUAGUGGAAGUUCUAGUAUUACAGUUUCCUGA